AUGGAAGAUGAAGAAUUACCAAGCCAGUACACGCUUUCCUACCGCGCCUCAGGCUUGAUCCGCCCAGAUCCAACAAUCAAUGCUCAGCUUUGUUCCUUUUCGGGCAUUAGAGUGGCAGGGCCACCAGCAAAUGAUGAGAACUGGUUUCCCGGUGUGGGAAGUGGCCUAGUAACUGGCUCAGGUGCUGCCAUCUGUCAGAUUGUGAGAUUAGAAUGGUCACCAAACGGACUUGGAUGCAACCUCCGGCCCAUCCUGACCGCGCUUUCUACAAGUGGAUGCAUCUACGCAAUCGGAGAACACAUCGACCGACAAUCUGCCAUGAUUGCAGGCAUGCGAACCAGGAGUUUCAAGGCGUGGAAGACACUUUGGGGUCUCGGGGCUCAACUUCCACUGCCGGAUACUAAUCAGGAGGAUGGUUACCGGAAUAUGAAUGAGCGGAUACAGUCUUUCUCGUGGGCCAAGGAGAUCGAUAUAGGCAGGUGCUUAUUGGCAUACUGCAAUGAUAUGGAAGAGGUUGCUAUCAUGACAGUGCAACUCUUCUCUCGGCAAAAAGAGAUCGAUCCUGCUAGCGAAGAGGCUAUCUGGGAUAUCCGGGAAGUCAGUCGAUUCGAUGGAAAAGGUCGACAUACCAAAGAAGAUGCUGUGGAUAUUACAGAUCCAGAUUAUGUUCCACACGGAAGCGCCUUUUCUCUGAAAUGGAGUCCUUGGUUCUGGAGUGAUGGUAAACGUACAGCUAUACUCGCGUAUCUAGCCAAGAACCAUGUCGGAUUCCGGAGAGUCACUAUCAUAGGUAACUGGGAAAGGGGCCAAUAUCCGCAGAUUGAGGUCGAGAGCACAGACACAACAGCUAUCUGCAUGUUUCUUUCUACCGACGCAUACGUAGAGUGGCAGGACCAGAUCGUUUACAAUGGUGAUAAACCUACAGCUCGAGGUGUGAUCACCACACCUUUCAAUGUAACGCCGUUUCAGGUUUCAUUUGUGGCCGACUCUGAGGUGCCACCUGAACCUCAUUAUACUUGGGAGUGCUCAACUACAUAUCCCAAGGAGAGCGAAGUGCUCUCAUCAAACCCUAUCACGGGAUUGAUGAUUCAUGAUCAGGCUUAUGCAAUGGAAGGGUCCGUUCCAAACUAUUCUAUAGUCAGGUUAUCAGCGACUAUGCGCAACCAAGACUGGUUCCAAACAAAUCUCCCUAACGAGGAGGCCUCUGUACCCAAAUGGGCGGCAAAAAUCCGACGACAGACAACAAGGCUGGUGCCCAGGGCGAUUGCCCUAGAGGGUAUAGAUUCUGACUCGGAUGACUCAGAAGACGAUAUGAUGGAGGAGGAUACAUCGCAGCUGCAGGUCCCAGAAGCGAGGUACCGCAUCUGGGGUCUAGCGCAUUCACCUGGUGGAGGGACAACGGCAGUACUUGUGUCACGCUACAGUACUAUUCACCCAGAAAGAAGAGCGUUAUGCAAGCUGAUGUUCUCACGAAGAGAUGAAGAGCGCGAUGAGGCAGCUAGUGCAGUUGCACCAACAAGACAACUAACGACUGAAGGGCAAGUCUGGGAAUGGAUGUACGGGAACGGGCCCGAUGUGUUUGGAGCUACUUCCACGAGCAAGUUCUCACCAGAGCUACAUGACACGCCUCUCAGGGAGCAGUUCAAAGAUGUUGCAGUGCGCCAAUACUGUGUUUUCUGUGAUGCAGCGCUGCGUUUGGAGGAGGAUGAAGCCAAGUGCGAGAAUGGACAUGUGUUUGCUCGUUGCGCCUCAACGGGCCUUGCCAUCAUGGCUCCAGAUAUAUCAAGAAUAUGCGCCGUGUGUGAGCUACGAUGCCUCAAAGUUACAGAGUUGACUCGUGUCGCUAUCGAGAAUUUUGGGCCGGGGACAAGGAUAGAAUCUUCUGGUGAAGUUUGCGGUGGGUGUGGAGGCAAGUUUGUGGCCUAA